CAAGGAUGCAGUCGCGGCCAACAGAGUAGCCUCGACCAUUCCUUUCGUAUUUUAUAAGACCCAAAUAACCCUGACAAGAGUGACUUUGCGUCCAUCUGGGCUCUCCACCAAUAUAAUGCAAGUCUCGUAACCCUUCAGACUUUCUCAUCCCAAUAUCCGCAACGAUGACUUCCCGCGAACCCUCCCCUGCGCCCUCUGGAGACACCAUCGACGACCAGAUCGAUGACAUAAAGCCUGAGAUUGCCGACUUGGACGACGAUUCGAUUCAAGUGGAAGAAGGUACCCCCUCUGGCUCCACUCCUGUUGCUUCCCGUCGCACUGCCCGUUCAAGAGCAUCAAGUGGCAGGAAAUCGAGACCGAGAAAGGGUGCGAUAUGGAUCCAUGAGCAGCCACAAGAGGGAACCGAAGAUGAAGGCAGCGUCAUCUCGGCGUCACAUUCCAAGACCAGAAAAUCAGAGGUCACCCCCGAUCCCGACCUGAAGACUGUCGGUACUGCAGUCGGCACUCGGAGACAGGCCAAUGGUACCGUCGGGUCAGUCUACUCUGGCAGCAAGAUCAGACACAUCAAGAAGCCGGACGGUACGCCACUAUGGCGAAAAGAAAUACAAUACAAAUUCCUGAGCAUUGUUACACAGGAUUUGAAGCCAGUCUUUACGAGAAUAAGUGAUGGAAAGUCUGCAUGUACUUUUGCCGACAUCUACAUUGACUGUAUGGCGAGAAGCUCCAAGACGAGUAAGAUUCUCAAGGACAGGCUGCAGGUGGAUCGGGAAGCUGCACAAAACAUGGCCAUGAUCUGCCUCUUGGUGAAUGUUGGCCGCAUGAAUACAACGUUGAACUUCUUCCCUGAGAUGAGGGCGCAGUUGAGGACGUACCACUCCAUACCUUCUCUGCAGGCAUACAAGAGCCAGAAAGAUUACAAAGCACUCCAGGAUGCUCCAAGGCUGAAAAGUAUCUUGAAAGGUGCAAGUGAGGAUACAGAGGAACCACGGACAAUGAGUGCGCUCAAUGCUCUUCCCGUUCCGCGAACGAACCCAGUCAACCUUAUCUUUGUGCUCUCACAAUUUGCACCCAAAGUCAGUGAAACACACUUCACCGACAAAGUCGACUUCUUUGACCUGGCAAUGCGACCAACCAUAAGCUCGGCUAGCAGGGCGCAGGCGUUUCUGUGGAUCAUGUGGUGGUAUCUGGAAUCCAACUUCACAAAGGAGGACGCCUUGAACAAUCCAUACGGUCCCGGCAGAUACAAAGAGGACGAAGAUCCCAACGAUCCCGAUACGUUACCACUCUUGGUGCCCAGCUUGGUGAACAUCACACCUGAAGAGGGAGAUCAGGAAAAUGAAGACCCUCCAGAAGAAGUAGCCUUUGCGGAGAAAAUGACGGCGGAGAGGAAGCGCAUCAUGCUGGAAGUGGCCAGCGAACCUCCCCUUGUCAUGGCUGACCCGAUGAAUCCCGACCACAAAGCCUUGAAGCGACUCAAAAAGGGUGCACUGUAUGGUGACGAGGACUCUUUGAUGUCGGACGCUGACUCACGUGCAAGCCCUGGCGUGGGUACUCCAGAACCCUACCACGGACAGAUUAUGAGCAGUGCACUUGGUGGGCAAGCUGACAGUCUCGAGGACGAUUGGGAAGCCGUCGAUCCCCACCCCGGUCGUGGACGCUACAAGCGUGUAAGAGGGAAAAAUACUCCGUCUAGAGCUAGAGGAGUGGUCAAGCCGGGUGAAGCUCGCCGAAGUAUCUUGAAACCAGGCCGUGAUGAAGGUACACCAGACACAGUCGACCGGUUUAAUGGCACACCUCAGCCACUUCAACCUGUUGCUGGCAAUCAUGUGGUGCUUAGCCAGUUUGGCCCACAUCGCAGCAAGAGAGAGUUUGACACGCUCGCUCCAUCAAGCGGCACUUUGCCCAAGUCUAGGGCUAGAACCGGAUACCAGAGAGAAUUGGAAGAACAUCGACAGCGUCGUGUCGAAUGGGCUUUGAGGAGGAGACGAAGACGGGCACUAAAAGAAGCCCGACAGAUAAGGCAGGGGGGGAGAUGGUUAUUGAGGGCAGCCAGGCGGAUCAGCGAGCUCCCUCCCACGUACGACAGUGAAGAGGAAGAGGACAACGAAGGCUUUGGCUUCGCUGGAUUGAUCGGUCGCAGAUGGCUCGACGAUCAAGUUGAGCCUGAGAAUGGAGCCAUUCCCCCGGGCUACGAAGCGGGCGAUUAUGGCGAGGAAGUCGAAACGUGGAUGAAAGUCUUGAGGAAAACAAGUCGGCGGCUGGAUGUAUGGAGUGGAGACCGUGACCUGGAGAUCUACAACGCUCGAACUCGCCAUCCCACCAUCACGGAAGAUACCGUCCUAGAAACGACUGCUGAGCCACUCACUAACGGUUCGCGCAAAAAGGUCCGGAAAAUUGGAUCCUCGGCGCAGAUGUCUACGGCACGACGCGACAGAAGCGCAGUUUCUGUCCAGACAAGCAGGGACCUUAACGAGGAAAUCACGCAAGAUCUUCUCGCCGAGCAUAGUGACGAGGAUAUGGAGGAUGACGAAUCAGCAUCAGUGGACGGCGAUGGUGAAGGCGAGGAAAGCGACGUGGAUAUGGAUUGAUAUGUAUCAUUACAGGGUGUGCCCCGAAGCUGUUCUGGGCAGCAGGUGGAGGCUCACCAUAAUCGUGCUAAGCAUCACUGCUGCGACAAAAGGCGGUGACUACUCUAUGAAGGAUAACCUCCGAAAUGUAUCAAUACUCGGCUUGGAGACCGAUUAGCACAUGUUCCCUCCUGCAAGCUCAGUCGCCAAGUGGCUGCCGUGGUAAAAGCUCAGAUUGGCUGACCCUCUCUGCUGCGUGCCGUGCCUGCUUACUUAUCGAAAGGACUUGGGCCAGGUUGGCUGACUCAUAAGACCGCAGCAGGCGAUCUGGGGAGACCCUGCACAUCUACCGUCCAUCGAGA